UCACUAUUGCAGGCACUCGAUAAUCCCAAUGCGUCGGAGAAAAUAGUGAGAUCACUUGCGUCUUACAGCGUGACGAAUCUAGAAGCGUUUAUAUUCUGCUAUGCUGGGGAAUAUCUGAUCAACAAGAGCAAAGCGAUCGGAUACGCUGCAUACGAUAUCACGUGGUACGAUAUGGAUCCGAAGCACACACGUAUUCUGUCGCUUAUUAUUUUAAGGUCACAGAAACAAUUAACACUUACGAUCGGGAAGCUGAUGGAUCUCUCGUUGCAGCGCUUCGCAAGUAUUAUGAAUUCAGCGGGUUCGUACGUCUCGGUAUUAUUAGCAAUGCAAUGAACAGCAACGCAAUGAAAAUAUUCCCCUCGUCGUUUUUUUAUCCAUAGUCUGGAGGUAAAUGUCGAGAAUAAACAUAGUAAUAUAAACAUAGUAAUGUAAAGACUAGUUAGUAAACGUAUGAUGUAACGUGUGAUAUUUCCGAGAUAUUGUAAAGAAAUUAAAAUAGCUGUAAAGUAAUUUCCACAGAUGUAACAUCGGAACUACGAAGUAAACAAUUCCUAUGAUCCGCGCGACUAUAAGAUUAAAGUGUACCAUAAUAUAUCCCGUAACUUCCACGAAUCUUCCUCGAACGACUUUUCCUAUCAUCUUAAGCGCGAUUUUUCGAAGUUCCUCUUCAUUCCCUCUAUAUUCCAUUGCGCAUGACGAUCUUUCGACGAGCUAUAGACGAAUAUCACUUUGUGUGUCCGUCUCUCCCAUCCGUCUCAAGAUCGUGCAUUUUUAACGGAAAUUGCAUACACCGUACUCUAGACGCUUUGGACGGAAAAACGUCCCCCUUGAUUUUCCCUUCCGUCCGCCAAAUCAGCGACUAUCGACCACGUGAGCUGUAUCUAAAUUAUACGCAGCACGGUCAAAAUAUUUAAUGACCAACUCUCAUUGUUCGUUCGUCUUAGGACAGCGCCGUUUGAUGAC